AUGAAGGUCGUCCUGACCGUGAGAUUCCCAAGUCAUGUAAGUGAAGGAGCGCCACCGCCGUCACCCGAGCCGGGCUGGUCAGCAACCGGAUAUGUAGGUAGGCAGGUAAAAAGGGCGGUACUGACCUACACCUCGGGAAUCCUAUGGGAGCGAACUUGCAGAAAGAGCCAGCUUUGGAACGGAUACGGUAACCGGAAUACGAUUGACGCAGGCGCGCGGGCGGCUGAUGAUAGCGGCAAUGCUGUACAGCAAGAGAUAGGCAGGCAGAUAGUCCCGACAAAGGGCGGCAGCUGGCCAUUGCUUCUGCUGAUCUCUAGUGACAAGCUUCUGGACAACUGGGUCUUUCCUACUAGCACCCACGUGCUCGAGAUGGAACUCUCGCUGGCCAAGGCUCUGACGGAGGAGUUCGUUGCAACUGAAUUGGGGGAUUUUCGACAUGCCCAAGAUGAUGUGGAUGACCCAAUUUACCUUAGUGUGAGAGCCGCCGAUAUUUCACCAACGCACCGCCAGGUGCCGGAAUCGGCCUUCCUAGUCUCGGCUCCUGAACCACAACAGGAUGAUAAGCGUUAUCUUUGGCGCGCUGUUUUCCCGCCUCUAUUUCUAAUUGCCGCGUGGCUGUAUCCCAUUCCUCCCGCUCACAAGCGCAGAGAGGAAGAGGGAGGAGCACGACGCGAGACGGAGAAGGAUGUAAACCUGGAAUCGCGCAAUGAGGAAACUACUCGGGCUCACUCCGCGAACGGCUCGCUUCGUGUGCCAAUUUGUUUCUCGACCAGGCAGCACCUUACUUCGCCAUCGACUGCAAUUGAAGAUCUUGUCCUGAAAGACAGCCGAGCUUUUAGUUUCGAGAAACAUUUGCCUGAUGGCCAAAAUCCGCAGAGGCGAGUGGCCAAGGCAGCCGCGCCGGGUGCCGAUGCCGGUCAGAAAGCGGAGCCCGGUCGCGGGUCCGAAGUGGGUCUCUCGCAUCAGGCCACCCCCUUCCCCUCCGCCCCUGUUCAGCCACACUCAAUUGCAACAACGCAAAGAGAACUUUCCUUCUCAUUCGGCAUCAAAGGCGAGCUAUGUCAGCAUCACCCAAAAGCAGACAUAGCGAGGCCGCAGAUUACACGAAUUGCGGCAAUCUUCUCUCGUUUUGUUUCAGCAUGGAUUGAUUGCAACGGAGUGAACAACUUCCCUUCAAUUAUUCAGUUACCUCCACGUCCGAUAAACAUCCCUGCAUUAUCUCUCACGCCGAGUGGACGAUUCGGACUCACGCUCGAAAGAAAGUUUCUGCCUGAACAUACCCUAGUCGCCAAGAGGGCCAACCUUGACUUCUGGGCACCCCUCCGUUGCCGCAUGCGCAUGCACUCAACUGCUUCUGUGGACCAAAGCUUUCAAGAAACUGACGAUGUCACGGCGGCCGACCUAGAUGGAGAAAGGCAAGAGCCCAUCUUGGAGCCGCAUGAUGUGAUAGUCCCCCAAGGUCUUCAGCCUCAAGCAUCAUCAGGCAUGACUAGGGGGGGCUUUUGGGGGCAUAUCGGAUUCCUCGGACUCGGUUCUGUUAUUGAAAACCCUGGUGCUUAG